AUGUCAGCAGCUGCGGAGGAGCUUGAAACGGCGGCGGAGGACAGCAACACCCGCAAAUGUAAGAUAUGUGUGAAGGAGCGAAACAAAUGCCACGAUGUAAAAGUUAAUGGGAGGUUAAUAGAAAAUGUCAAGGUGAAUCAUGUCAAACCUGCCCGACCCACGGAAAUCGUGGAGAAGAUGGACCUGGCGGGGAAAAUCUCCCCUGUGCAGGCAAAACAUAAAUGGGAGAACCUGAAGCGGAAAUACAAGGAGUGCAAGUAUCCAGCGACGGGCGAGGGUGCAAGUGGGAAGCCCACUGCCGCAACAUGGCCCUGGUUUGAUGCCAUGGAUGAGGUGCUAGGACAGAGGCCCUCCACCAGGCCACCUGUCCUAAUCUCCUCCAUUCAGGAGGACGCACCAGGGCCUAGUGCAGCAGUGGGCAACCCACUCCCACACCAGGAGGGGCAGGAGGAUGAGGAGCCGCCUGAGGCACGGGUGGCGAAAAGGAGGAGGGACGGGGAGGAUGAGCUCAUUGCCCUAAUAAAGGAGGACAUGGCCCAGCAAUGGCAAAUGGAGGAACGGAGAGGCGAGAGGAUGGACAGGCUGAUAGGUGUCCUGGAAAAGCUAGUGCAGCAGAAAAAGGACUGAGUCGUGUCCACAGACAGCCACUGUACAUAGUUGAACUUUAUUUAUGCUGGCACCCCAACCUUUGUUUUGUACAAACAUGAUUAUUUCAGUGAUUUGAUUUCUGUAAAUACGAAGCAAUGUACAUAGGUGAACUUAAUUUAUGUUGUUGUGCCAACCUUUGUUCUGCACACACAAAAUGAUUUCAGGUCUGUAAAUAAAGACAGUGGGAACA